AUGUCCAUCAAUAAAAUCUUCCUCAUCGCGGUUUAUCACGACCAGUUGGACGACGUCAUAGCGCUGUCGUUGGAAGGGAAGAUCGAUCCCGCGCUGGCGUGCGUGGAUGGCCUUGAUGCGCUUUCCGUUUCUGUGCUCUCUCCCUUCGCCUCGCCGAGCACGACGCUGUGGUUGCUCGCGAACGGUUGCGACGCGUUCAAAGUCUCACCCAUCGGUGUUUCCGCCGCCAUGCUCGUGUGCUGCGACGCAAAAACAUCCGAUAUGAUCGUUGAGACGGUCGUGAGGGCCGCGAACACGCCGUCGAAGCAGAUUCAUUUAGUGGAUUGCGCGGCGCGAUGGCAACGAUGUGACAUCUUGAUGCGACUCGCCGACGGCGAGAAAACGAUCGGGUCGCCCGUUCGUCGACGCAUCGCGAACGCAACGUUUGCGAUGGAUAUAGAUCGAUGGAAUGAGACGUGGAUCGAAAGUAUAUUGGAUGAAGUAGGGGACGCCGACCGAUCGACGUCGCACGUCGCGGCGUUCGUCGGAAAUCGGCAACCGUUCGAAUCGGCGCGAUGCGUCGUCAAUCGCAGAGAUAGUCUUCAGAGGACGCCGCUGAUGUACGCGAUCGAUGGUAGACAAGAUGUGGAUUUUGUCGAGUUUCUGAUACACCUUGGCGCCGAUGUCAACGCGAAGGGAGCGCACGGCAGCGUGCUUCAGCAUGCUUGCAGGAUCGGCCGGCAUUCUAUCGUAGAAGCGCUCUUGCGAACCCCGGGUAUCAGGGUGGACGAUUUCGCGCUUCACACGGCUUUCGGAUUCGGAGUAGAGCUACGAACGGUAGAAGCUCUGUGCGCAGCCGGCGGCGACUUGAACGUGCGUUGUAGACCCCACGGGUGGUUGCCCGUGCACUAUCUCGCGGAUAGCAUGACUCGCGACGCCGUCAGACAACCAGGACGCGCCACUGAGAUGCUCGCGAGCCGCAUGAAGUUGAUGACAUUCGCACUCGAUGCGCAUGAGAACGACGGAGACGACGAAGUGCGGUGUUCGAGCGGGCAAACGUUGUUGAUGCUCGCGUGCGCGCACUCCAACGCGCCGCUGGCUCGAAUGAUUUUACGACGAGCGAAAGAUCCGGCGAAACUCACCGCACUUGUCGAUUCGCGCGGGCGUACGGCGUACCACUGGGCGUGUCAUCGCAACGCGACAGAGGCGCUCGAAGUUUUGAAAGAGUUCGAUGUCAUCCGCGUCGUGAGGGAAAUCGUCGACAAUGACGGCCAAUCUGGCGAGGCGCUUCUCGCGGCGAGCAUCGACACACCCCGAAAACAUCGAUCAUGGCCCGACCCGAUCGAAAGAGGCGACGUUUUAGGCACGCGCGAACGAGACACCGACGCAGACAUCGCGAGCGCCAUCGGUGCCGCCUCUGCGCUCUGUGCGCGGCACUUCGAUCUUGCCCAGCUUCCUCGAAAGCCGAAGACGUGCGCGGGAUGUUUCCGUCUGACGACGUCGCCGAAACGCUGCGCGCGAUGCAAAAGCGAGAUUUACUGUUCAUCCGCGUGUCAGAGGUUAUCCUGGCCGACGCACCGCGCUCUGUGCGUCGACGCGUUUCCGACGCUUCGCGAAACGCUUCUCUCGACGCCAUCCGUGGAACCGCGGUGA